AAAUGGAGAGAAUUCAAAACUAGCCAUUAUCAAAAAAUAAUUAUAAUGCCAAUGUGAGAUUAUGAAUGAAGUGAUCCGCUAUCGCGGACCCAAAGGCAAGGAAUCAGCUAGAAUAGAAUGGAGAGUUUUAAUAGUAGACCAACUGUCCAUGCGCAUGGUCUCAGCUUGCUGCAAAAUGCAUGAUAUAUCUGCUGAAGGAAUUACCUUGGUUGAGGACAUUCACAAGAAACGUGAACCUUUAUGCACUAUGGAUGGUAUUUACCUCAUCACUCCUUCUGAGAAAUCAGUGCAUGCUCUGAUCAAUGACUUUGCUGUCGGUAACCGCAUCAUGUACAGAGCUGCUCAUGUUUUCUUCACUGAAGUGUGCCCAGAGGAACUGUUCAAUGAACUCUGCAAGUCUUCUGCUGCAAGAAAAAUCAAAACGUUAAAGGAAAUCAACAUUGCUUUCUUGCCUUAUGAAAGCCAGGUAUUUUCAUUGGAUUCACCUGAAACAUUCCAAUGCAUGUACAACCCAGCUCUAGCACAGACUCGUAACGCAAACAUGGAACGUAUUGCUGAACAAAUCGCGACCCUCUGUGCCACGCUCGGCGAAUAUCCUUCCGUUCGAUACCGCAGUGAUUGGGAACGCAAUGUUGAGUUAGCUCAACUAAUCCAACAGAAACUUGAUGCUUAUAAGGCUGACGAACCAACUAUGGGCGAAGGACCAGAAAAAGCCCGCUCUCAGCUUCUCGUUCUGGACCGCGGGUUCGACUGCGUGUCUCCGUUACUACACGAACUAACUCUUCAGGCCAUGGCUUAUGAUCUUCUGCCUAUUGAAAAUGAUGUUUACAAGUAUGAUGCAUCCCAGGGGCAGUUAAAGGAAGUUCUCUUGGAUGAAAAUGAUGACUUAUGGGUCGAAUUGCGGCACCAGCAUAUUGCUGUGGUCUCUACAGCAGUUACAAAGAAUCUGAAGAAAUUCACCGAGUCCAAACGCAUGGGUGGCGGUGACAAACAAUCUAUGAGGGACCUGUCGCAAAUGAUAAAGAAAAUGCCUCAAUAUCAAAAAGAGCUGUCUAAAUAUGCAACACAUUUGCGCCUUGCUGAAGAUUGCAUGAAAAGCUACCAAGGAUAUGUAGACAAACUCUGCAAAGUUGAACAGGAUCUUGCCAUGGGCACUGAUGCCGAUGGUGAGAAAAUCAAAGAUCAUAUGCGAAGCAUUGUUCCCGUUCUUCUGGAUCAGACAGUAGUAAACUUCAACAAGAUGCGCAUUAUUGCUUUGUAUGUGAUGGCAAAAAAUGGCAUCUCUGAAGAGAAUCUCAACAAACUAGUUAAACAUGCACAGCUUGAGCCCUCUGACAAGCAAACCAUCCUGAACCUCGCCAACGUGGGCCUCAAUGUGGUAGUUGAUGGAAACCGUAAGAAGCAGUAUCAAGUUCCCAGAAAGGAAAGAAUCACUGAGCAAACUUAUCAAAUGUCACGAUGGACACCUGUCAUCAAGGACAUCAUGGAAGAUGCUAUCGAGGACAAGUUGGAUCAAAGACAUUUCCCCUUCCUGGCUGGAAGAGCACAGACCUCAGGGUAUCAAGCACCAACAAGCGUUCGUUACGGACAUUGGCACAAGGAUAAAGCCCAGCAGACUAUCAAGAACGUACCAAGAUUGAUUGUGUUCGUUGUUGGAGGUGUUUGCUUCUCCGAGAUCCGCUGCGCUUACGAAGUGACUGCAGCCAUCAAGAACUGGGAGGUGAUCAUCGGAUCAUCACACAUACUCACUCCGGAUAAUUUCCUUUCGGACCUGAGCUCUCUCUCCGCCUAAAAUCGUUUUAAUUUUACAAGUUCACUAUAGACCCUUUCUCUAUUAGCUUGUUAAAAAUCUAGGUGAAUAUCACGACUGUUAUGUGCGAGGUAAGCUAAUGAGUCUGAUCAACAAGAUAAUGAAGAGAAACAUUUAAUUAUAACAACCUGUGAAUUAUCGGGCAUCCCGGGAUCGUUAUACACAAUAUGAUAAAAAUAAUAUGGCCUAGUAAGUAAAACUUACCAUGUAUGACUUAGUCCUGUAACCACACAAUAUCAGAACAUGGAUUGUACACGAAGAACUACACAUUUUACUGAUCAAAUUCAGGUACAAUCAAUGUCCUUUUAGAGCGAAUAUCGUGUUCUGAACUAUGCUUUAAUGAAGCUUACUUACCUACAUUGAUCAAGAACCUAAUGAGAAAGGCCGGAUGAUCAUCACCUAUGCGACGAUGAUUUCUAAAAAAAUAUUACUUCCCCGAUGAGGAAAUGAUUUUGUGAAAGAAAAUUUAUGAGACUCUUUAGCAAGUUAGAAUACCGCCUUACUAAACCGUAUUCGUUACCUACCUAUACAAGUUUAUGAACCAAACAGUUUUGUAUUAACAACGCUUUAGCUGGUUUUGUAGCGUAAAUAAAAUAAAAUAUACUAUGUAGUUUGCAUACAGUUAUACGUGUGGCUUACUCACUUUAAUAUUUAAAACAUCUACAUAUUGGAACUUCAUAAAAGUAUUAAUUAUUUAAAUAUAAAAAUUGUAGUUUUAAAUCUUUUAUUUCUUUGUAGAAAUUAAGUGUAAAAUCAGUUUGCUUUUGACUGUAUUCAUAUAUGAUUCUAUCCACGUAAGAUGUCAACGAAUCAUAAAUAGAGAUAAAUCGAGAUCUUUUCAAAAUUAGAAUUUAGAACGGUUUUGGCUGUUUUGUUAUUAAUCGAAUGUUUUUUUUUUGGAUGAGAUUCAUAUUGAAUAUUAUUUCAAUAUCAUCCUUAAUCUUAAUUUGUACAACUGUAAAAUAGGUUCCAAAAUUUUGGUGAAAUUCUGUGAAAAAAGAUUUUACUUUAUUUAAAUAAUCUGCAUAAUCGGACACCACCUAAGAUUAAACGAGUUUUACAAAUUAAGUUUAACAUAUUUAAGUUCCUUUAUAAAAUUUUAGUUAUUACUUUGUAUCUAUCUGUUGUUACUUAAAUGAUUUUAUAUAUCUGUUAUUUGGUUUUAUAUAAAACUAAAUUGUGAGAAUCUAUGGAAAAGUGGAUUACAUCAGACUGAUGAACUAGUUCUAAAUGAACACUAGCAACUGUGUCAGCAAAGUCGAGUGCAGCGUUUAGUGAUUUAACAAAAACUUAAACUAAGUUUAGUGGAUGCAGAAUAAAUUAUCCAAGGUCGACAUUGGUUGAAACAUGUAAAAAGUGAUAUACAUAUCACAAGAUGUGCCCUUUUUAUGUCUUUAGUUUCAACUUGUAAGUCAUAACUUUUAUUAAUGAUAACGUGUAGAUAGUUUGUGAUUUGCUAGAGGUUAAUGAACUUUAUUUCCAUAGAAUUUGUGUAAAUAAAGUUUAACAAAAAACUUUAAACAUUCCUAUGGAGUCUGGCAUUGGUGUCAAAUAAAUAAAACACAUUUUUCUCUUUUGCUGAUUUGAGAUGUUUCCAUAUUUUUAAGCAAUGUAGAAAACGUUAAAUAUAUAGGGAUCUAUGUAGUUUACAGUAGCCGCUCGUGGAACAAUGAAAUCUGUAAAGUCGGCUGUAUUCAUUGCAAAAAUCAAUUUAACAAAAAUUUUGCACCUAUCCCAUGUUUUACAAAAAAGCUUAAUCUAAGUAGAUUUAAAAAAGAAACUAUGAUAAUGCUGUAAUAAAAAUAAACCAAAAAUGUUGGAUUAUUAGUUGGAUAAAACUUUGUUAAUAGCUGUACCUAUGUAGAUAUGUAUUUGGAAUCUGUUCGGCUCGUUAAAUUAACAGUGAUCAAUUUUAUUAUUAGCUAACACAUUUUAUUACAAUAAUGUUAUCCACAGAUCGUGCAAUUAUAUAGAAUGUAAUGUUAAAAUAAUUAUAUUAUUAACCAGUUUGAAUAAUUCUAUCAGUAUUGUUGAAAAUUUCAUUAAAUUAUUUAAAUCGUAA